GAAAUCAUGUGAAAAUUUGAAGAGAGUGAAAGGUUACUAGUAAUUGAUUGAUAAUUUUUUUCGUCUGCAUGAUACUGUACAUUCGAACUAUUUGCUGGGCAUAUGGAUAAAGAAAUUUAAGCACCGCAUCAAGCUAUAAUUGUCCAUAGUAAAAUUCAUAGUCUCUAACUUCAGACUUGGCUUCUGAACGAUAUACACGUGUGUGCUACCGGUAUGCUGAGCUGACUAGGCCGAGCUGAACAGCGACCAGCUUUCGAGAAAAAGAGUUGGAAAACUAUCCUGUCGCAAUGGUGCAGCCAGUUCCUGAUCAUAUGAACUUUCCUCAAGAGGAGGAAAAGAUCCUUCAACUUUGGAAAGAAUUGGAUGCUUUUCAUUCCUGCCUCAAGCAAUCCAAAGGAAAACCAAGGUACUCCUUCUAUGAUGGGCCACCCUUUGCUACUGGUUUACCUCACUAUGGCCACAUCUUGGCUGGAACUAUCAAGGAUGUUGUGACUCGUUAUGCCCAUCAGAGUGGCUUCCAUGUUGAAAGAAGAUUUGGAUGGGAUUGCCAUGGUCUUCCAAUUGAGUAUGAAAUUGACAAGAAGCUUGGCAUUACUGGACCUGAUGAUGUGGCAAAGAUGGGCAUUGAAACCUACAACAAUGAGUGUAGGAAGAUUGUCUCUCGCUAUGCUGGCGAAUGGGAGGAAAUAGUCACUCGUCUUGGCCGUUGGAUAGAUUUCCGAAAAGAUUACAAGACCCUGUACCCAUGGUACAUGGAGAGCGUGUGGUGGGUGUUCAAACAGCUUUAUGAUAAGGGAUUGGUCUACAGAGGUUUCAAGGUGAUGCCCUUUUCCACUGCGUGUAACACCCCUCUCUCCAAUUUUGAGAGUGGACAGAAUUACAAGGAUGUUGUAGAUCCUGCUGUGAUUGUGAAUUUCCCGUUUGAUGAUGAGCCAGGAGUCAGCAUGAUUGCUUGGACCACCACCCCUUGGACCCUGCCCAGUAACCUGGCCCUGUGUGUCAACCCUGCUAUGGACUAUGUGAAGAUUAAGCACAAGAAGGAUGGCAAAGUCUACAUCAUGAUGGAGGCUAGACUAGGUGCCUUGUUCAAGAAGGAGAAAGAAUAUGAGAUCAUGGCCAAAUUCAAAGGAAACACACUCAAGGGUAGGAAGUAUCAACCACUCUUUCCAUACUUUGCACAGUUGAAAGAGACUGGUGCUUUCAAGAUAUGCACUGAUGGCUAUGUGACAGACGACAGUGGUACAGGAGUUGUCCAUCAAGCAGCCUUCUUUGGACAGGAUGAUUACCGGGUGUGUCUCGAACAUGGUAUAAUCUCCAAGGAGCAGGUCGUCUGCCCAGUGGAUGCCAGCGGCCGGUUCACCAGUGAGGUUACUGACUUUGUUGGCCAGUAUGUGAAGGAUGCUGACAAGAACAUCGUCAAGAAAUUAAAGGAGUUAGGUCGCCUGGUAGACAGUAGCACCUGUAAGCAUAGCUACCCAUUCUGCUGGCGUUCAGAUACUCCACUCAUCUACAAGGGAGUACCAAGCUGGUUUAUCAGGGUGGAAACUAUGGUAGAUCGUCUACUAGCCAACAACCAGACCACAUACUGGGUACCAGAGUUUGUGAAGGAGAAGCGGUUUGCUAACUGGUUACGUGAUGCACAUGACUGGGCUAUCUCUAGGAACCGAUACUUUGGUACUCCCAUCCCUCUGUGGGUGAGCGAGGAUUUCGAAGAGAUUGUCUGCGUUGGGUCAAUCCAAGAGCUCAAUGAACUGACGGGCGUGGACACCACUGAUCUGCAUAGAGAGAAUGUUGAUAAGCUGACCAUCCCAUCAAAGCGUCCUGGUAAACCACCCCUUCGUCGUAUUUCAGAAGUCUUUGACUGCUGGUUUGAGAGUGGCAGUAUGCCCUAUGCCCAAAUGCAUUACCCAUUUGAGAACAAGAAGGAGUUUGAAGAGAGUUUCCCUGCAAACUUCAUUGCUGAGGGUAUAGACCAAACAAGAGGAUGGUUUUACACCUUGAUUGUGUUAUCUGUGGCACUCUUCGACAAGCCUGCUUUCAAAAACUUGAUCGCCAACGGGUUGAUCUUAGCAUCAGAUGGACAGAAGAUGAGCAAGCGUAAGAAGAAUUAUCCUGACCCGAUGAACGUCGUCACCAAGUAUGGUGCUGAUGCUCUCAGGCUGUACCUGAUCAAUUCACCUGUGGUCCGAGCUGAAAAUCUACGUUUCCAGGAAACAGGAGUCAGGGAUGUCCUCAAAGAUAUCUUUCUACCCUGGUUCAAUGCCUACAGAUUCCUCAUGCAGAAUGUAGAGAAACUAGAAAGGGAUGAGAAUGUAAAGUUCAUUCACAAUGAGCAUACCUUCAAGCCAUCAGAUAACAUCAUGGAUAGAUGGAUCCUUUCCUUUACACAGUCUCUCACAAAGUUCUUCCAUCAGGAGAUGGCUGCAUAUCGUCUAUAUACAGUGAUUGUGAGACUGGUCAAGUUUGUAGAUAUGCUGACCAACUGGUACGUUAGGUCAAACAGGAAACGAUUGAAGGGAGAAGGUGGGAGCAAGGACUGUGAAGAUGCCCUACAUGCUCUCUUCAGUGUGCUAUACAGCAUGGUGCGUAUUAUGUCACCCAUCACUCCCUUCCUCACUGAGCAUAUGUACCAGAACCUGAGACACCUAGUAGAGACAGAUCCUACCUCUACACAAGACACAAGGAGUGUUCAUUACCUGAUGCAGCCUAAACCAAGGGAAGAUCUGAUUGAUAGCAAGAUUGAAACAGCAGUAUCCAACAUGCAGACAGUUAUUGAACUUGCUAGAGUGAUCCGAGACAGGGCCACCAUACCCACCAAGUAUCCACUGAAGGAGGUAGUUGUCAUCAACACCGAUCAGGAUUGCCUGGAUGAUGUCAGGUCUCUGGAGAAGUAUGUCAUCGAGGAGCUGAAUGUGAGGAAAGUCACAACCUCCCGAGACAAGGGAAAGUACCACGUCUCCCUUCAUGCAGAACCAGAACACAUGAUCCUAGGCAAACGUCUCAAGGGUGACUUCAAGAAGGUCUCCGACAUGAUCAGAAAGCUAACCGAUGAUCAGCUUCAAGGGUUCAUAUCAAAGGGUGAGAUUGAGGUUGAUGGUCACAUGCUAGGCAAGGAAGACCUGAGGUUGAGUUACAGCAUGGCAGAAUCUGCAGCGGGAUCUUCUCAGUACCAGGCUCAUUCAGAUGGAAAGAUCCUUGUGCUUUUAGAUGUUACACCAGACCAAUCUAUGCUGGAUGAGGGUGUGGCCAGAGAGGUAAUCAAUCGUAUCCAGAAGCUCAGGAAAAAGGCAAGCCUAGUGCCCACAGAUGAGAUCACUAUCUUCUACAACGUUGAACCAGCCAGCGAUAGAUUGACAAAGAUCAUCCCAGCUCACAAGGAAUAUAUUUUCAACACCAUCAAACAACCACUAACACUAGCUCCAGUACCCAAUGGCACAGAAGAAAUCAUCAGAGAAACAUUUCAGCUGAAAGGCCCCAGUCUUGAGCUCAUCAUUGUGAAAGGUCAUCAGGAAGCAUCAAGCACUUCCUCCACUGCUGCUACUGCUUCAACCAAUGGCCCUACCCCUUACUGCAAGUUUGUCAAUGUAGAGCUGUGUGACACCAAACCCACCCUUGGGGCUAGAUGUGGGCGGGGUACAGUGCUCCUGGAAAACCCUCCUGGUGACUACCUGCUGACCGUUGAUCAACUGACCCAUCAUGUAGGGGUCAUCUUUGGACUCCAUGGGAAGAAGAUCCAGCUCUACCGUUCAAAGAACAAAAGUAAUGGUUUGAAUUCAAGCAAUGUCAAGUCUCUUCUGUCAUUGAGUGGAAGCACUCUGUAUGCAUAUGUCAGUUGAUGAGAACAGUCAAGUGUAGUAUUUACCUAGUCUGUAAUUAUGCACAUUCACUAUUUUGGGUUGUAUACCAAGAAGGGGUUGCACAUGCUACUACCACGGUUAAUAAAUGUAUGUAUUUUAAUCAUGAUGUAGAGCUAAAUAAUCAAGUUGUGAGGCAAUGGUACAUUAAUGAAUGUUUUUUAUGUGCUGAAAUGCAGCUCUGUAUGUUGCAGCUGUAUUACCUUUAAAUAUCAGGCUUGAAUAUUUCAGGAUGAGGUUAAGAUAAAGUGUGUGUCAUAUUACAUGUAUUGAAAUAAAACCGUACUCGAUCUGUUAAGUUUUCUCUGAUCUGCAUCAUAAUUAUAGAAUACAUUAAUGUUAUUUGACCUUUCACCGCAGAAUAACUAAUACUAAUUGGAGUUUAGUAUAGA